UCCGUUAUAUAUACACAUCGAUGGACUCGCUUGAACGUGGAGAACAGGCAGAAUUGAAAAAAAAUGAUUCGGAAGAGUACGCUUAAUCGCACGCUGAAGUUUAUGCUUACUUUGUGCGGUGUUUGGCCAGGCGUACCGUGCAUAGUACUCUGCAGAAUAUGUUGGAUCAUUACGGUGAUAUUUAUUUUAUUCUGUCACUAUCGUUACUUUCUCACGCAUAUACAUUCCGCCGAACUGAUGGACUUGAUGGACUGCAUGUCUAGUUUCUUCGCGUAUGCCAAAGUGAUUAUUAAAUUCUUAGUGUUUUGGAUCAAUCAGCGAAAAUUCGUCGAAAUCUUGGCGAUGAUAAGGGAAGAUUGGAAUGAUUGCGAUAAUGGCGAUGUCAUCAGUAUACGUGAAACAGAACGCAAGGCAAAAAUAUCAGAUCGUAUCACAAACGCGAUCGUCACACUUCAUACGACGACAAUUGUAGCGUAUUGCAUCGGUAUUAUUUUAGCCGAUGUCGAUGUCACUCAGGCGACAGAAAUACCUCUACUUAACAAAUUAGAAAUACCUUUCAAUAUAAGCACGCAGCGCAUGUACAGAUUUGUAUUAAUCAUAGAAUUUGUAUUUAUGCUUUUUUACGGUUGGGCGGCUGGUAUAACAAAUUCUUUAUUAUUGACUUUGAUUUUACAUACGGCUGGUCAAAUCGACAUUAUACGUUCCUGGCUAUUGCAGCUUGUACCCCGCAAAGAGGAGAACAAACGUAUACCAUAUCACAUUAUUACGAGUAAAAUUAUUCGAAAGCAUCAAAAAAUUAUCAGUUUUUCAGAGAAUAUCGAAAGUCUCUAUUCAUACAUUGCGUUGCUUCAAUUUAUCUCAAAUACAAUAAUGAUUUGCUCUCUAGCCUUCGUUAUCGUAACAGCAAUCGGUAGUCCCAAUGCGUUAGAACAAAUACUAAAGUCCCUCUUAUUUUACACCAUAACGAAUCUCGAGGCGUUUAUAUUCUGCUUCGCUGGAGAAUAUCUGAGCAGCAAGAGCAAGGAAAUUGGCGUUGCAGCAUACAAUUGUGCAUGGUACGAUCUGAAAUCUAAAGACAGUCGUAUUUUGUUAUUUAUCAUAUUAAGAUCGCAGAAACAGUUAACGCUUACAGUGGGAAAAAUGAUGAAUCUCUCCUUAGAAACCUUCACAAGCAUCAUGAACGCUUCGGGAUCGUAUCUGUCGGUAUUGUUGACGAUGCAAUAAAAAAUAAUGUUAG